UUCGGACGGGCUCGCUCUCUCCUUUUCUGCUGCACCUCCAACGGCUGUUGCUGUUUCCUUUCGUCCAACCGUAACCCACACCCAGGACCCAAGCCAACUCUCUCAAUCAUGUCCGGAGGCCACGCUAUUCUCGCUCCCACUGAGGACGACAUCCAGAAGCUCCUUGCCGCCAACGUCCACCUUGGCGCCAAGAACGUCGAGCAGCAGAUGCUCUCGUACGUCUACAAGCGCCGCAUUGACGGCAUCCACCUGAUCAACCUCCACAAGACCUGGGAGAAGAUCGUCCUCGCCGCCCGCAUCAUCGUCGCCGUCGAGAACCCCGCUGACGUUGCCGUCAUCUCUGCCCGCACCUACGGCCAGCGCGCCAUCCUCAAGUUCGCCGCCCACACUGGCGCCCAGUCCAUUGCCGGCCGCUUCACCCCCGGUACCUUCACCAACCAGAUCCAGGCUGCCUUCAAGGAGCCCCGCGUUCUGAUCGUCACCGACCCCCGUGCCGACCACCAGGCCAUCCGUGAGGCUGCCUACGUCAACAUCCCGAUCAUUGCCUUCUGCGACACCGACUCCCCCCUCCGCUACGUCGACGUUGCCAUCCCCUGCAACAACAAGGCUGCCCAGCCCACCGGCCUCAUCUGGUGGCUCCUUGCCCGUGAGGUCCUCCGCCUCCGCGGCACCCUCUCCCGCACCCAGGCCUGGAACGUCAUGCCCGAUCUCUACUUCUACCGUGACCCCGAAGAAGCCGAGAAGCAAGAGCAGGAGGCUCGUGAGGCUAAGGCCCGCGCGCUGAACGCCUCGGCCACCGCCGCUGACGAGUCUGCCCCCGAGGCUGCCUCCGGCGAGUGGACUGGUGAGGCUGGCGCCACCGGCGAGUGGUCUGCUGACAGCAACUGGUCUGCCGCUGGCAGCGACAACUGGGGUGCCAACCAGUAAAAGCGCACUGCUCGGCUCCUGUUCUCGUUUGUCGAUGUUUGACCCUGUGUAACGAACCCCGCUCCUCGUUUUGUUUGUUAAACUUGUGAAAAGCACAUGGUGAGCAAUGAAUUUCGAUUUUUAUCA